CGUUCGUUUGACGGAUUGCCAUUUAUGGUGAUCCCCGAGUAGACGACGAGGGAAACAUCAACCCAAACAUCGGCGCCUGUGAUGCUGUGAGGCCGAACGCAGCGGGGUAGAAGGAAAAGGAAGGUGGAAAGACGUCCCGCGCGUAAAUAAGCAGAAUGUUGGGCAGCUCAGGAUGGAUCCUGGUGUUGGGGGUGGUGCUGGUGGUGAGUCUGUCGGCACAGGCGAAUUAUCCCUCUCCUCCAGAAAGGCUGACUGGCAUGAAUCCAUGUAUCAGUAAGCAGACGUGCCACGAAUGCAUACAGACUCCACACUGCGCUUGGUGCGCAGCACCAAAAUUCCCAGAAAAGAGGUGCUUCCUCCCAAACAUCAAUACCAAGAUAUUCGCGACGUGUCCUCCCGAGUACACAUGGAAUCCAGACAACUUCUUCAGCAUGCUGCGACACCGGAACCUGACAAAGGGUGGUUAUGCUACUGGUAUAGGAGGAGGAGGAGGAGGAUACAUCGAGACUUCACAGUCUAACUUUUCGUCUUCCUCACAUUCGCACAAGGAGAGUUGGGGUGGCAGUGGCGGGAGUAGGAGGCACGAGGCUGUGCAAAUGUGGCCACAGGAGGUCAAUCUGAAGCUCAGAAUAAAUGAAGCUUACAGAAUGUCCUUUGCUUAUUCUCAAGCGGAGGAUUAUCCCGUCGAUCUCUACUAUCUUAUGGAUCUGAGCAAGUCCAUGGAGGACGAUAAGAAGAAACUGUCUGAUCUGGGCCAGUUGUUGGUCGAGAGUAUGAGCAAGAUCACGAGCAAUUUUCGUCUAGGCUUUGGCAGCUUCGUCGACAAGGUCGUGAUGCCAUACGUCAACACAGUGCCGAGAUCUCUUAUCGAACCAUGCGACGGUUGUGCAGCACCUUAUGGAUACAGGAAUAUCAUGAGGCUUUCUCAGGACACGAGCAAAUUUGCGGGGUUGGUGCGUAACGCAUCGGUAUCCGGUAACCUGGACGCUCCGGAGGGCGGUUUUGAUGCGAUCAUGCAGGCUAUAGUUUGUAGGAAUCAGAUUGGCUGGCGUGAAAAGGCACGCCGCCUGUUGGUAUUCUCGACGGACGCCGGGUUUCACUACGCGGGCGACGGCAAGCUGGGUGGUAUUAUCAAACCGAACGACGGCCUCUGUCAUCUGGAUGCCGGUGGUACGUACACCCACUCGUCUCUGCAAGACUACCCGAGUAUUUCGCAGAUCAACCUGAAAGUAAAGCAGAACGCGAUAAACAUCAUAUGGGCGGUCACCGAGGAACAAAUCAACGUUUACAAAAGGCUGAUGAAGCAUGUGGAGGGUUCCUUCGCCGGUAAGCUCUCGGAUGAUUCUAGCAACGUCGUGGAACUGAUCCGCGAGCAGUAUGACGCUAUCUCAAGCUCGGUGGAAAUGAAAGAUACGGCCAGCAGCGCUGUCAAGGUGAAAUACUUCUCGAGCUGUCUGGGCACCGGACCGGCGGUCGAGACGUCGAAAUGCGAUGGACUGAAAGUCGGCACGAAGGUGGAAUUCAUCGCAGAAAUCGAGGUCACUAGUUGUCCAGCCAACAGAUCAGAAUGGAAGCAGAAGUUUGACAUUUAUCCGGUCGGUAUCAAUGAGACUCUUACGGUGAAUCUGGAGUUGCUAUGUGACUGCGAGUGCGAGCGUGAGGGCCACAUGUACGAGAAAAACUCACCCGAGUGCAACGCCGUGGGCACGCUUAAGUGCGGCGUCUGCGAGUGUUAUGACGGAUUUUUCGGCAAACAUUGCGAAUGCAGCUCGCACCAGGAGCUAACCGGCUUUGACAAGCAUUUCCAGUUAUGUCGUCCCGACAAUACUACCCUCGUAGACUGCUCCGGCCGCGGCACAUGCACCUGCGGCCAGUGCGAGUGCGAGGAGCGGGAAAAUACGGACGAGGUAAUAUCGGGACAUUUUUGUGAGUGCGAUAAUUUCUCUUGCGAUCGCGAUCAGGGUAAACUCUGUUCCGAUCAUGGCACUUGCGAAUGUGGCCAGUGCGUCUGUAAUUCUGGCUGGACCGGUCCAUCGUGCAACUGCAGGUCAUCUAACGAUUCCUGCAUUGCACCGGGAACUACGAAUGGAAUACUUUGUUCAGGCCAUGGCGACUGUAUCUGCGGCGAGUGCAUCUGUCACGAGGAGGGUAACAUUCGAUAUUCCGGCAAGCACUGCAACAAGUGCCCGACCUGCCCGAGCCGGUGCGAAGAGCUGAAGCCCUGCGUGCAGUGCCAGAUGUACAAAACCGGGAACUACAGUGAGGAGGAGUGCGCGAGGAACUGCAAGGAAUUCGUGCCCCAAGGCGUGGACACGGUGAUUGUCGACGUAGACAACGACGAGGUGCCGUGCUUCGGCACAGAUGAGGACGAUUGCAAGUACAACUUCGUCUACUACUACAACGAGACCAACUGCCUGCAGGUGCGUGCUCAGAAUGAGCGGGAAUGUCCGCCGCAGGUCUACAUGCUCGGCAUUGUGCUUGGCGUGAUCGCGGCGGUAGUUCUAAUCGGUCUCGCGUUGCUUCUGCUCUGGAAACUGCUGACAACUAUACACGAUAGGCGAGAGUUCGCCAAAUUCGAGAAGGAGAGGAUGAUGGCGAAGUGGGACACGGGAGAGAACCCAAUAUAUAAGCAAGCGACUUCCACCUUCAAGAAUCCGACCUACGCCGGGAAAUAACACGUCUCGAAAGUAAAACAUAACGUGAAACUUUUUUUCAAGAAGGUAUCGCAUCGUCGCUGUGACAUGACACAUCAAAUAAUUCGCAGCGAAUGAGCGAUUUGUCUCGAACUUGGCAAUAGUUUGAAUUAUAUGCGAAAGCCUCGACGGCUUCUAACGAGAUCUAAAGCUAACGUUUUAGCGUAUAUAUAAUUAUUUAAAGGAACUAAUAUUUAAAUAUAUAUACGGUAUACUCUAUUUUUUUGUUGAGAUAUUUGUAAAGAAUGACUUAAUACUGCCAUAUAACAUAGACUGCAUUUCAGAUGCGUGCGCGCGCGCGCGCGAGAAACGCACUAUUUGUUUACGAAGUCUUAAUGUUACAUUUUAUUGCGAUCAUGUUUUAAGAUUCACGCUAGUUAGGCUAAUCCUAAGAACCAAGUGCCUUUAAUGUCAUUAUUAUAAUACGCUUGCAUUAACUUUUAAUGUCUUUUUUUAUAUAUUUCUUAUAUAGUAUUGAACGUUACUUAAAAUGUGCGAGAUAUAACUUAGAUAUGAAUUCAGAAUCUGAAGAGAAAUGCAAUCUAUUUCGCUUCGUUAUGUCAGCUAUUCUCUAUAUUACAUGUUACAUAAUUGCUAUUUCUACCAUUGAAAUAAGUUUUUGUUAUCACUUUUUUCAAGAUAAAGAAAGUUACUCAACAAAUAUUAGAAAUUUACAAACUACCAGAAUUUCAAGUACUGCAUAGUAGUUUGUUUUCCAGAACAAACUAAAAUUACUCGUAAAGUGCUACAAACGUCGUUUUUAGUCGGCAAAAUUAUAUAUCAGAUAUGAAAGCAUUUAUAAACACGUCAAAGCAAUUAAUUAUUAAUUGCUCGAAAAUUAUUAUAAUGCCGAAGCGGCUGAAAUUCCGAAACGAAGCGAAAUAAGCCGUACGUGAUCUUUUAUUUAUUCUCCAGUGCUGGUUUCAUUCCGAAGUAUAUCGCACAUGUUAAGUUACAUGUUUCAUUUACUAUAUACUCAAAACAAUGCUAAAAAAGGCAUUGUUUUCUUUUUUUAACGAAUAACUAUCGAAGAUUUUACACGCUAUUUAUCAAUGCAAUUUGUAAAGUAUACUUCACGCAGCGAAAUUUUACGAAUUUGCAUUUACCUACGAAUUUUUUAUCCUGUAAUGUAAUUGUUUUAAUUGUUAGAGUGUAUUUUUGUGCGCAACUAAGGAGGACCCGAAAGUGUUUAUAGGAAAUUGUAUAAAUGUAUAAAGUACUGCCCGUGUAGAAGUAAGUUUACUCCGUGUUAUAACGUUAGCUCGAUGACGAUAACUGCACGAUUAUGACUCGCGUAUUAUUUCGUAAAAUUAUAAAGAUAUAUAUAUACACAUAUAUAUUAUAUUAUAUAUAUAGAAUGCUUCUUAAUUAAAUGUUAAUUCUUUACGGGGUGAAUCUAAAACCCGGUGCAAAAAAAGAGAUCAGAUAAAGUUUUCUUUUUUGAAUUAUAUAGAUUUAAAAAAAUCUUAUAAAUCCUAUAAAUUUGCUGUAAUUUUUUAAAAACAAAUAAGAAAUAAAAAUUGUGGGGUUAACUCCGCCAAUUUUUCAAAACUGUCAAAAGACAAGUUUCAACUUUUGUCUGUAAAUUGUUUUUGAAAGAGAAACAAUUUUAACAAAGGACGGGCACUUUUUCAACAUAAGCGAGCGAUUUACGUAAAAAUCACGUUUGCACACAAACUGCUAAUUCCCCCGAAGUGAAUUGACAUAGAAUGAAGGGGUUGUCACGUAGUCAGUCGUGCGAUGCUCUGAUGUAAGAGGAGUACACACACGAGGAGGAAUUCCGGAAUACGUAAAAUAAAAAUAAUUCCGAGGACAAGAGCAGUUGCGUGCGUUGACAACUGAAUUAUUUAUUUCAGUCUUCUCUCUAUUCGUGAAUCUCCACGGAGGAGCUAUAAAUCGAUCCGGAAGGAUUAGAAGCGCAAAGAGUGGCCUUCUUCCCAUUGUGCCACGAAAAAAAAAGAGACUAAUAAUAGAAACGCGCGGUAGACGCGAAAUCGAGCUUGCCGCGCGACCGUUAUAUAUACAUUUAUUCGUGUUGUUUGUCUAAACCGUUUUACUCCUUUCUUUUUUUAUGACUUUUUAACGGCUAAUUUUACGGUAGAGCUAACCGCGUCCUCGCGACGUUAAUCGCGUUUUUCUUUUUUAUAUAUAUACAUAUUAUAUAACUCCAACGAGAGAAUUAAUUAUAGUCGAUGUUACUCUACGUGCGAUAGCUCGCGCGCAAACUCGAUAGAUCAUAUGUAAACCCUGUGCGAGGACUAAUAAAGACGAUGUGUUAGUAA